UUUUCUUAUACGCAACUGCACAAACAUAAACGUAGGUUGUUUUUGUUGUUCAGGUGAUCAAGUGACCAAUACUGUCGGCAGUUCUGGUUCUGGUGAGGACAGGCACCUGCUAAUGAUGCUCCCUAGACACUCCGCUCUGUUCCUUUGAUCUGGUUUUGAUUUUGUGUCUAACUGACCGUAGCAUGAAGGGAAGCUCUAUGGUAGUCAUAUUGGAUCUCCAAAGGGCAUUCAGUAGUCUACGUUUUAGCAUUUUACCAGAUGUUGAUGGGAUGGUUUCUGUUCUUAAGGCCAUAAGUUGCAGGGUCCCUGAGGGGAGUGUGCUCGGCCCAAAAUCCGUGCACGUUAGCAAUGAUAUGUCAUUGCCCUUGCUCAAGGCACUGGCUAACAACUGGAACAGGUCCCCAUGUGCUGCACAGGUACGUGUCUUUGUCGGACAACGAGAAGACAGGCUUCAAAGCUCGGGAGCUGAAGUCGGUGCACGUAGACGCCAUCGGAACGUACCUGAGAAUAACCUUCCACAGGAACCAUGUCAACCGUUACAAUAACUACAAUCAGGUUUCUUUGGUUGCCAUUAAUGUUCUGGGAGAUUCUUUGGAUGGGAAUGCUUUUAACACAAUUCCAAGCAGAGAGCAGCUGAUCGAACACUACCUCAACAGUACCCAGCUGGAAGCUGCCUUGGACACGACCUUCAUGGGAAAAUGCGAAUCCAUCUCCCCCUUGGACGACCUGGCCUUCGACAUGUACCAGGACCCCGAAGUUGCACACAUCAUCCGUCUCUUGGACCAAAAGAAGCAGGAAAUGGUCCGGCAGGAGAAAUACGAGCAGGCCAAGAAUCUGAAGCAGGCCAUCGCAGACCUGCAAAAGGUUGGGGAGCGUUUGGCUCGAUAUGAUGUAGAGAAGCGAUGUGCCAUUGAAAAAGAAGACUAUGACUUGGCCAAGAAGAAGAAGGAGCUGAUGGAGGAGUACAGGAGGAGCGUCUACCAGCAGCUGGAGGUCCACAACCUGCUCGACAUGGAAAUGAUCACAAAGGCAGCAGAUUCAUCCCCAGCCCAUGAUCCUCCCUCACUUCAGCCCUCUCCAGGUGACCGUUCAGUCCCCACCAAGCCGCUUGUGUCCACAGACACGUUCAUGAAGGAGAAAAAAACAAACGCUCCUCAGAACCAAGAGUCAGACGCAGGAACUGUUGCGCCAAAACCAAGCAGCCAUACUGACACAUCGUGCACCCCCGCUGCUGUACCCAAUAUAGACGUUACCAGUGUACCUUAUGAUGAGAGGCCGCUGCCAGCCCUCCAGAGGAAAGACGGGCCUGUGGAGGCUGUCCAGAGCCCUGCAGAGCAGCACUCGCCCCGACCUGAUGCCCAAAGGACUCCACGCAGUCCAGAGAUGAGCGGAGAGCCAGAGCCCCUGACAGAGAAGGCCCAGAGAGAGGCUGGUCUUCCAAUAGAAGUCUACGGAGAAAGCCUGGUAGCUGGGGCAUAUUCCAAAACCUGGUCCUACAGAGAAGACGCUCUCCUGGCUGUGUACAAGAAGCUUUUGGAGCUAUCACCCACUACCCCCAGGGAGGAGCUGAAAAACACGAUAAGAGCCGCAGUCUUCCUGGUCAAGAAGGCCCUCCUGGAUAAAGUGUCAUCUGUUUUCCACGCCUCCUUGAAGCUCCUGCGGCUACUGCUGAGCCAGCUGAUCCCCGGACUGGGGCUGGGCCGUGCUGAGGUGACCCACUGCCUGGAGCAGACCUGGCCCAACCUUCUGGCCAGGACUGGAGAGUCAGCCAGCCGCCUCCGGGCCACAGCCACUGGCUUCAUACAGGAAAUUGCUGUUUUGAAGGAUGUACGGGCCCUGCAGGUUAUUCCCGGUGAGCUGGUGAAGCCCUUCAAAUCCAACUUCCCCUCUCGUCUGGCUCAGAGUCGGGCCGAGCUGCUCGAGAAGCUACUUGCUGAACUGGGUACAGAGAACUCUGGCUUCACCCUGGACAAUGUCAUGAGGUUCUGUGCAGCAGCAUUGGAGCACAGUGCAUCAGCGGUUCGAGAGCUGGCGGUGCGCAUUAUCUUAUCCAUGUACCAGCUGCACAGAGCUGCUGUUCUCAGCUACCUUCCACCCAACGAUGCUACCACACGGAAAAACUUCCUCUACAAAACACUCUUUGAUGGCUUUGCCAAGAUUGACGGAAAGGAGACUCAGACUUUGAAGAAGGGAGGCGGUCAGCAGGAUGGGCAAAAGGAAAAGGAGGAGAUCCAUUCCCUUCAGGAGCAGCUGGCUGCCUUGAAAGAGAUCACAGAGAGGGGGGAUGAACGCUCCAAAGGACAAAUGCUCAAGAAAGAAGCUCCCAAAGUUGAGAAAGAGUCCCAAAAAGCUGGCAAAGCAGUCAUAAAAGUGCCCCAGAACAAGGUAACCCACAAUAUUGAUGUCCAGCAAUCCAUCAACUAUCUGGACAACCUGUGUAUAUUCUGCGGUAAAAAGGAUGAGUCAUUCACAGAGGAUGGAUUGGACCUUCACUACUGGAAACACUGUCCUAUGCUGAAACGCUGCGAUGAAUGUAGACAGGUAGUUGAGAUAGCCAGCCUCAUAGAGCACCUACUGGGUGAAUGUGAAAGCAGGUCCAAGUUCAGCCAGUGUCCACGCUGCUCAGAGGCUGUGGCCACUGAAGAUCUGACUCGACAUGUCCAGGGUCCGGCCUGCAACCCCCCCAUAUCGGGUAAAGGCUCCAACCACUGUCCUUUGUGUCACAACAACUUCAUGCCUGGAGAAGAGGCCUGGAAGGCUCACCUCAUGGGCAGGGAGGGCUGUAAACAAAACUCACGCAGGACUGCGGUGUCCCAGAGAACCCAGCCGGCACAAGGCAGGGCUGUCGGUGGAGCCAAGCUGAAGCAGUCCUGGUCGGUUGGGGCCAGAGCCAGACCCAGACCCAUGGGCAGAGGCAGUCGGAUCCCAGCCCUGGCACCUCUGGCCAAAGGACAUACACCAGGGAAGCACUGAAACUGGUUCUAAGCACCCAGUGGAUACCAAGAGGAGGAACCCAACAGCAACAAACAUCCCUGUAGUAAUUCCACCCCACGCCCAUAUGUCCCGCUCCCACGUUCCUGCAUAACAGCACUUUCAAAGAACAGGUUUCAGAUGUUUUCACUGAAGAUUUUAAAGGCCAAUACAGAUUUUCGAUUCAAGCCAUAUAAAAAAAUGACUAAAAUAUAGCCGUCUGUACAAACUGACAUUACAAUGUGGUGUUGUAUCCAUUUAUUGAGACACUGUAUUUAAUCUAAUCACAUUCUAGUCCUGUUAUGGUCAGUGACAGACGGUCCACACAGAAUAGACAGCUGGACCAAUAUUAGAGCUCGUGCCUCUUUUGUCUAUAUGUUAAAUCUCUGCCGUCACACACCUGCUGGGCCAGUGAACAUGAGCAGUGUCUGCUGUUUGUUGAUAGCUCCUUACUUUACUCCUUCCAGGUUUAAGGCUCUAAUUUUUCAUAUUGCUCACUGCCGUUUGGAGCCUCCGUGGUGGGGGAUUGUACAGUUUUUAAAGGGUCCAUUGAUAUAAUAUUGUUCUUCCGUCAAGUUUGAGUGACUCGAAAGAGACAGAUUUUUAAAAGAACAGUCAAAAUGGAGGCAGCACUGGAAGACAUAUCCUGGCUUUUAGUCGCUAAUGUCAUCUUCUUGUUAGACCCCGUGAGUCUGGUAAAUACCCACAUCUUAUAGAUUCAACACAGUCAGUGUGCAGUGCAGGCUUUCUGUCAUAAAUGAUUGUUUCCGAGCCCAAGCUGAGGUAACCCUGAUGACAUCACUAUGACAUCUUCAGGGUUAUUUUCUCAGACUUAAAAAAACCUCCUCCAGAGCCGCAGAAAACAUUAUACAACCGUUCUCACCGGUUAGUAAAUGAACCUUUCUGUGAAAGAUGUGUGAGGGUUCCCUUUAAAGCUGCACAAGCUCUCCAACGCUGCUAUACAUGUGAACAUUGUAUUAAAAGAUGGUAAUAAUUGACAGUUAUUCCAUUAAAGAAAAGGCUUUCAGUAUUGUGUUUCAAAUCAUCACAACCCUUCAGUAAAACCCAGGAUAUAGAGAAAACCCACGGAUAAUCAGUGUAGUAUCAUUAAAUAUGUAAUCAAUCACUACAUCUCAUCAGAGGACGAUGACAAACAACACUCCUCGUAGGAGGCGUAAUGGGAAGAGAGGAGAGGACGAAGGAGGUUUAGUUACAAGCAGAAGUCUUUUCCUCACUUGGCAACCCUCCAGCAGACGAAGCUUUAGUUCUAAAUCCGUCGGCAACCUGAGUGUAGCUUCACUGUCAGCUUCACGCUUUGCUGUCUGUUUACAUUAUCAUUUCUUGUCUUAAAUAGAUUAUAUAGAGGGGACGAAGUAGCACUUUGCCAAAGGGAUGAUGAUGCUUUAGCACUGAUAAUCAGUAUAGUAUAGACAUAAUUUAUUUUCCUGCUUAUUGCCUACUGACAAUCUUGAGUAGAUAGCACAGUUUUAUAUGCUCUACUAGACUAGUGACAGAACGUACACCUUUUAACCCAACAGAACUAUUCAAAUAAAAUGGAGAUGAAUGUACUGUAUACGGUAGAAUUUGUGUAGCGCCUGUUUUUCUUCAAGUCCACUUGAUUUCUGCCGAAUAUAACUUUAACCCCAGCAAACACUUUGAAGCACUUCACAUAUUCUUUAAGAACUCUGUCAACAAUUAGCCAGAUUUAUAGAUAACGAUAUAAUGUUGCUACUUCUGUUUGUACAACACAGUGUUAUGACGAUGCUGACUGUAAUAUAUCUAAUUCAUCCGCAGCCAAGAACUGAAAGAACCUUAAAACUCUGUCCGGGGUGUUUUCAGAUUGUUGAAUUUUACAAAUUGUAAUAUUAGCAGGGCAAAUUCUUCAUUAAUGUGUAUGAUAACACUAACUGUUGUAUUAGUGGAGAAGCAACAUCAAUAUAGUUGGUAUAUAAGAGAGUAUAUUUGGUUUCUAAUACGUCAAGUUGACUUUAUUAUGCUUCUGUAUUGAGGACUAUUGCAACAGUGGAUAUUUUAUGGUGUUUUUUUAUGUGCAUAGUAGUCAGUAUUUUCUGAGUAAUAAUAAUUUUGGCAUGAAAUGGCUAUUUUUUCUGUAUUUGUUUAAAUAAAGCUACAUGAA